AUGGGGAUCGCAGAGGCCUCGGCCGAGCAGGAGGAAUGCGAGGAAGCUAUUCGGCUUGAAGUUACGAGCAUUGAUUGCCCGCAACCUUUGCCCCCCGCCGCCAAGUUCUCCCGUGCUUCCGUUGCCUGGCACCUGACAAACAUGCCGUGGCUCGAUGUUUAUGCACUGGACAAACAUCUCUGUCGGAUUAAGACAGAGCCCGGCUGGACAGGUCGGGAGCUGAAAGAAGCGAUCGAGGAAGAAACUGGCUGGGACUACCUGGUGUGCACACAGCAGCUGGCCGUGGGUACCACGCUGAUAACUCACGAUCUCCAGCUGGACUCAGUGCUGACAGGCGACGCAGAGGCUUCGAUGACGCGGCUACCGGCUUUCACUGGAGACAGAAAAGCACUUGGGCUGGCGAUGCGGUCGUUGGAGAUCUUCCCCAUCGUGGCGAUGGAGCUGCCACCGCACGCGGUGCUCUUCGAUGCCUCGACUUGGCAGCAGUGGGAUGGAAUGGAGGCUGCGAGCAAAGAAGCCUACCGGGCCUAUCGAUCCGAAGAAGGCGAAGCUCCAGAGGUCUUGAAGCACCAGAAGUUCACGGCCGAGAUGCUGUCGAGUCCUUUAUGGUUUCCAUGGGAAUCCCUCGUAGGGAUUCCACACUCCGACGUGGCCGCUAUCCUCGCUCUACAGGCUUCAGCCUUCCUGAUAAGAGAUGGCCUCUGCUGGCUGGCUGCCGUGCUCCUACUGCAAAACGGCGAGCUACUGGCCACAACCGUCUAUGUGUACAAUUCCUUCGGACCGAUCCAGGACGGAAGCAUGGAGACUUCGGCCAGUUUGCGAGCAAAGUCUUGGGAGGAGCUCCGACGUUUGGAGCCCGGAUUUGCGGAGGCCAUGGCGCGGCGGGCGUCUUCGCAGUGGGGGAGACCGGAGGAGGCCUUGGCGGCGAAGCCGAGACCCAUCAUCGGACCAAGGCGGAUUGCCGGCCGUCAGAUUCCGGGCGGCUGGACUUGUGCUAGCUUCCUGCAAAACUGGAGGGCCGAGAUGGGGGAGAAGGAAUCGUUCAAUCCGGAAGACGUGCAGGGACUCCCGGCAUGGCCUGCGAUGCUCUUCGCCUCCCCCCUCCGGCCAGUACCGCGUGAAUUGCUCAAGGCCUGUGACGAAGCGGCGGAACACUUAGCAAAGUGGCACGAGUGUGUCCACGAGGUCAACCAAGUGUGUGGGGAUCCAGCCUGGGCAUUCGGCAAAGGCAAGGGCAAGGGCAAGGGUACACCAUCGUGUCAGCAGUCGUUUGCCAACGCUUUAAUGGAAAUCCGCAGCCGACUCUCCCACCGCCCGGAGUUUCAGAGCGUCUUGGCGAGGCUGGAAGAUUUCGCUUCGCCAGGGAAUACAUCCUACGAUCUUGAGUCCUUGGGCUAUGCCGCAGUGCAGGACUACGUGGUGGAUUCAGUCUUCGGGCCAAGCCACGAGAUCAUGUACGACGCUUGGGUUGCCGAGCGAGCCAAACAAGCCUACACCACCGGGGCGUGA